AGAGAGGUGGAUGCCGUUUUCAAGAAAAUUCAUGAAGGGAUAGACCUUUUCAAUUAUCAUUUCACCCGUCAUGAAAAUUCUACUAACGAUUCCCAACGAGAAAAGUUAGAGAAUGAUUUAAAGAAAGAAAUCAAAAAACUACAGAAAUUUAGAGAUCAAAUUAAGACGUGGCAACUGAAUGAUCAAAUGGAAGCUAUAAUAGCACCUUCUAAACUACAAGAUCAUCGAAAGUUGGUAGAAGAAGCCAUGGAAUGUUACAAAGAAGUUGAAAAAAACUCUAAAAUGAAAUCAUUCUCAAAUCAAUCGAUAAUGUUGGCAGCUUUGGAAAGUGGUGAUAAUGACUUAAGUGAAGAGGUUUUGGAUGCGGUUCAUUAUUUAAACGAUAUAAUUGAAAGUUUAAAUGAACAAGUUGAAAACUUAAAUGAAGAAUAUGACAAAAUUUCCGCUAAAAAAAUUCGGAAAAAUAAUUUAAGUGCUAUUGAAGAAAGAAAGCAAGAGAUUGAAAAAUUUCAAAAUAAUGAUAAUUUUCAUAUCGAUAAAAUUGAAACCAUCAUUCAAUAUUUAAAGAACGGUAAAUUAAGUCCUGAUUCAAUAUGGUUGAUUCAAGAUGAUUUAAAUUUUUAUGUGGAGUCUAAUCAAGAUCCUGAUUUUAUCGACGAUGAAACUUUAUACGAUGAAAUAAUAAAAGAAGCAAAACAAAACACUGACCGUAUCAAUAGUGAAAUCGAACAUGAAAGACGACAAAAACAGCAAAGAGAAGAAAAUUCUAUAAAUGAAGAUGAUAUCAUACUCCUAAAAUCUAAAAAAUCAAAUGACCUUCAAAGUUCUUCGUCUUCGCCUUCUAAUAGUAAUACACUUCCUCCAUCAAUAACAAGACCAUCUUCUUCAUCUUCAAAGCAAUCUCCUCAACCAGAACUCCCGAAACAGAAACUCGGUUCCUCUGGGGUUACCACUCCUAAAACGAAACCGGCUCAACUUCAAUCGACGUCAUCUAUACCAGCUACUCCAGAGCUCUCUAGUCCGGCUAUAAUCAAAACGCUAAAACCGGCCACUGCUCCUCCCAAACCAGUUGGUACUUUGAAAUGGGCAGCUGCAGCUGCAGGUAAUGAUAUCAAUACCAAUAAUGAAACAGUAUCUCAUCAAGUGCCUAAGAAUGAUGCAGUUAGCAAUGGCCAUCUCAAUGGAUCGAUAAGUAAUGGUAUACAUCAAACAGAAAAGGAUAAGAGAAGUGAUAUCAAGAAUGACUUGAACCAACCUAGUCCAGCUAGCCAAAUAAUAAACGAUAUAAACGCUUCCACUCCUCCCACUAAAUCAACUAAACCAGAAGAUGAUCCAAAUUUUAAAUUUGUUGAGAUAUUGAAAAAUUCAUCCUUGUCAAAUACUGAAUUAGAAUUGUUUAGUGAUUUAUAUCUCAUUAAAUUACCACCAGGGAUUCAAGAUUUGAUAAUAUCUUUUACUUCCACUAGAAAAGUGGGGCCAUCAACGGAAGAUAAUUCUAAACUUUUAAUCAAAGAGAAAAAGUACAAUCAUUUUAAAAUUCCAAUUCAUAAACCUUAUUUACCAGACAUUGUUCAAUUAAGUUCCAGCCUAAACAAUUAUGAUUUCAGUCAAUUAAUUAAACCACCGUUACAAUUACUAAAAUUGCAAAAUAGUUGGAAUAGUAUUAGAGCUCAAAAUCAGUUUGAUAGAUUUGUUGAAGAAAUCAAGUCAAUUAUAAAUCAAAAUAAUCCAGAAAAUUUGAAUUUUGUUAAUGAAUUGACUCUAGUAUUGUUUUACGGUUUAUAUUACGGGUUAACUCCUUUAGAAAACUUGAUUGCUGAAACUUGUUUGUUUUUGUUGGGUUGGAAACCUUAUGGUACUAAAAUUGCAUUACCAGAUCAAUUAAGUGAGAAUACUACUUCCAAUAAUAAUAACAAUAACCAAAGCCCUACUAAAUUAUCAGCUUUUGAUAAGUCUACUCAUCAACCAAGACACUAUUAUUAUUGGUUUAAAUGUAUUAAGAAUCAUCCAAAUCCUUCAAUGAUGCCAAUUGACAAUCAAAUUGAAAACGUUGAAUACGGUGAUUAUCAAGUAUUUGACUUAUUUGCUUGGGAUAUUCGUAUCAAAUAUAAUUUCAGAUUUGACAUUAGUCUAUGUCAAUUAAAUCCCUCAAUAAGCAUUUGUUGA